AUGUUACGCUUAUUGUUCACUGCCCUGGCUCUGGCCUGCCACACUCUGGCCAUCUCACCGAUUCACGUGAAAGGCUCCAAGCUGUUCACGGAAGGAGGCUCUCAAUUCUUCGUCAAAGGCAUCGCAUACCAAUUAGUUGAGGACGACCCACUGGUGAACACCGAGCAGUGCAAACUCGACGCUGCCCUGAUGCAGGAACUGGGCGCCAACUCCAUCCGGGUGUAUCACGUGGAGCCCAAUGCCGACCACGACGGGUGCAUGAGAGCCUUUGCGGACGCCGGCAUCUACGCCUGGAUCGACCUGGACACCUUCGACACGUACAUCUACUUCGACGGCAACCCUCCUCGCUGGACUCAGACCAUGUACAAGGCUUACCAGAAGGUCAUGGACGCCUUCCACACCUACGACAACGUUGCUGGCUUCUUUGUCGGCAACGAGAUGCUCACCGUCGGCGCAGACAGCACUGCCGCAGCGUACGUUAAGGCCGCCGCGAGGGAUAUGAAGGCCUACAGGAAGAAGAUGGGGUAUCGGGAGAUUCCUGUGGGCUACUCAGCCGCCGACAUUGCUGAUCUGCGUCCCAACUUGCAAAACUACAUGGCUUGUGGUUCCGAUUCCACUGAGGCAUUGGAUUUCUACAGCUUGAAUGCGUACGAAUGGUGUGGUGAGACCACGUACGAGGAAUCAGGAUAUAACAUGCUCCAGGAGAACGCCAGCGACUACAACAUCCCUAUCUUCUUCUCCGAGACCGGCUGCAACACGCCGUCACCUCGGACAUUCGACGACCAGACCGCAAUCUUCGGUGAUGAGAUGGCCGACACUUGGUCUGGCUCAAUCAUCUACGAGUGGAUUGAAGAGGCCAACAACUACGGCCUGAUCUCCUACGCCGCUCCUCAAGACCCUACUGCGACCGCCUCGAAUGUCGUCGACGGCUUCGUCCGGGCCGGAACUCCAACCCCCAUCUCUCCUGACUUCGAGAACCUUUCGAACCACUGGGCGACUCUCAACCCGACUGGCGUCUCGGAGAACGCCUACAAGCCUUCCGCAUCCCCACCACCGUGUCCGACCUUCACCUCUGGGAUGUGGGAAGUGAAUGGUGACGCGCCUCUGCCCACGAUCGGUGCCAAAGCUGCUACCUUCACGUCCGAUCUGACCUCCUCAAAUCCGACGAAGGCGUCACCACAGACGACGGCGAAGUCUGAUGUGGCUUCGGCCUCAGCUGCGUCAUCAUCAUCCACCAGCAGUGCGGCGGCGCCUACGAAGGCGUUUCCCUUGUCUUUGAAGAGGCAGGUGGUGAUCUUUAACGGCGAGAAACCGGAGAGUCCCAAGUCCAAGCUGUUUGACGUGGGCAUGAUGGCGCUCACCAUGGUGAUUGCCGCAGUGGUUCUGUAA